CAAACCCUAAUUAAAAAAAACAAGAACACAAGGCAUCAUUCAUACGAAUUCUCCUGUAUAAGUGUGUGGAGUUCACGGCAUUUGGAUCGAGAAUCUGAGAGAUAUCGAUAUGGGGAGCGUUGCUGCAGAGCCGAGGACGUUGGAGAAUGGAGGGCACAUGAAGGGUUCGAGCAGAGAGCUGAGACAUGGAAGAACAGCUCACAACAUGUCGUCUUCUUCCCUGAGGAAGAAGUCUGAUCUGAAAAUGAUCCAGAAGGUUCCUUGCAAAUGUCUCAAAGAUUUCCUCGCGAAUCUCCAGGAAGUCAUCCUCGGAACCAAACUCUCCGUUCUUUUUCCCGCCAUCCCCCUCGCCAUUGUCGCCAACUCCUACGGCUUCGCUCGCCCAUGGAUAUUUGCAUUGAGCUUGCUGGGGUUGACACCUCUCGCGGAGCGUGUCAGCUUUCUGACAGAGCAAAUAGCCUUCUAUACCGGUCCAACGGUGGGAGGACUGUUGAACGCCACGUGUGGUAACGCCACGGAGCUGAUAAUAGCGGUACUGGCGUUAGCCAGCCACAAGAUCGACGUGGUCAAGUACUCAUUGCUGGGUUCCAUUCUCUCCAACCUCUUAUUGGUUCUCGGCACUUCCCUCUUCUGCGGUGGCAUUGCCAAUCUCCGUAGGGAGCAGCGGUUCGACCGGAAACAAGCCGAUGUGAAUGCCUUCUUGCUGCUGAUGGGGCUGCUUUGCCACUUGCUACCAAUGUUGUUCAACCAUGUGGCCACCGGAGAAUCAUCGGCAGCUCUGAUUUCCGAGGCGACGUUAACUCUAUCGCGGGCAAGCAGUAUCGUUAUGUUGAUCGGUUACAUAGUUUACCUCGUCUUCCAGCUUUGGACACACCGUCAGUUAUUCGAGGCCCAAGAGGACGACGAGUAUAACGAUGAUGUUAGUGAUGAAGAAACUCCAGUGAUCGGAUUCUGGAGUGGAUUUAUUUGGCUGGCCGGGAUGACCAUCGUCAUCGCCUUGCUAUCCGAGUAUGUGGUGGGAACCAUCGAGGUAUAGCUAGAACUGUUUGAAACCUUAG